AUAAUAAUUUAGGAGUGAAAUUAUCACUAACCAUAACCAUAAGCAAAUUCAAAUUUAUAUCAUCUAUCACCAAAAGGUUCUAACAAAGUAUUCAAACUAUCACACAAAAACAAUCAAUUUCUGUUAUUAACUUCAAGUUAGUAAUCACGGUGACACUCAUCAACAAAAUUAAUGUGUUUAGGUUGGAUGAUCUUAGUUUAAGUUAAAGUAAUUUUUUUCUUAAUUUUUUGUGGGUUGAAAUUGGGUACUAGUGGACCAAUCAAACCAGGGUGGUUCAACUGGUUUCAUGUCGAACCGUUACAAAUCGUUUGAUCCAUUAUAACUGUCUAAUCAAAUAAAUCGAAUCGCUAUUGUAACUCGUUUAGUGGUUCUACUGACCCACUCAUUGACCCAAUUCGGUUCUGGAAAAGAUGAGAAGAAAGAUGAUUACAACAAGUGGCUACGAGGGUAUAUGCGUAAAUAGACGAUACACCUAGGAAGGGGAAGUAAACUCCUCUUGCUUAAUCUUUUGAGAUUAUGUAGAACAUAAUGACUCAUUUUAGAUAAAAUCCUAAACACUCCAAUUGUUUGUAUUUCGAGUUUAUGAACUUAAGGAAGAGAGCUUUGUUUGUGUGGGGACAACAAAUCCGGAACCCAACAAAGCUUCGAACUUCUGAGAGAGAGAGAGAACAAACCAACACCAGGGGGCUUGCUGCUGUGGCGAGAAACUCAAAAUUCAAGAGACACAGAAUCAGGGAAAUUCUUUUUCUUUUCUUCUUCGUCUUUCAAAGUCGUUUGCUUUCAAACAUAGAGAGGGAAGGAGAGAGUAAAGUCUGUGUACAGUUUAGGAGUCGUUGGUAUUUAAGUUUUUCAGGUUCAUUUGAAAUUCUUUUUAAGAGAUAGAAAGAGAGAGGGAGGGAAGGAGGGUUGUGAGGUUGCCUUCGGUUUCGGCUUGGAAUUUGAAAGCUCUGCGUUCUUUUGAUUGCUGGGGGUUCCUUUUGGACCAUUGGAGGAACUGGGUCUUCUCCAUUUGAUGAGCGUUGGAGGAUUGUGUUAAGCGGGAUCUGUUGCUUUGGUGUCAUCGAAUGGCUGCACUGGAUAACAUAAUCGUUGGUUCUCAUGUGUGGAUCGAAGAUCCCAAGUUGGCGUGGAUUGAUGGUGAAGUUACAAGGAUAAGUGGAAAAGAUGUCCACGUACAGACUACAAAUGGGAAAAAUGUUGUGAUGAAUAUGUCCAAAGUAUUUCCCAAAGACACUGAAGCCCCACCUGGUGGUGUGGAUGACAUGACCAAGCUUUCCUAUUUGCAUGAACCUGGAGUUCUGCAAAAUCUUGCCACCAGAUAUGAACUUAACGAAAUCUAUACAUACACCGGCAAUAUCCUAAUAGCUGUCAAUCCGUUUCAAAGGUUACCCCAUCUCUAUGAUACUCACAUGAUGGAACAGUAUAAAGGCGCUGCGUUUGGGGAGCUAAGUCCUCAUGUUUUUGCAGUCGCAGAUGCUGCAUACAGGGCAAUGGUUAAUGAAGGGAAAAGCAAUUCAAUCCUGGUUAGUGGUGAAAGUGGUGCCGGAAAAACCGAGACUACAAAGAUGCUCAUGAGAUAUCUUGCCUUCUUGGGAGGGCGAUCUGGAGUAGAAGGAAGGACAGUUGAGCAACAAGUUUUGGAGUCAAAUCCAGUUCUUGAAGCAUUUGGUAAUGCCAAAACUGUUCGCAACAAUAACUCUAGCCGUUUCGGGAAAUUUGUGGAGAUCCAAUUUGAUAAGAGCGGUAGAAUAUCUGGCGCUGCUAUAAGAACUUAUCUGCUUGAAAGAUCUCGUGUGUGCCAAAUUUCUGAUCCAGAGAGAAACUACCAUUGCUUUUAUCUUCUCUGUGCGGCACCAGCUGAGGAUAAAGAGAAGUACAAGUUGGGGAGCCCGAAAUCUUUCCAUUAUUUAAAUCAAUCUAAGUGUUACGAGUUGGAUGGGGUAAAUGAUGCUCAUGAAUAUCUUGAAACUAUAAGGGCUAUGGAUAUAGUUGGGAUUGGUGAAGAAGAUCAGGAAGCAAUUUUUAGGGUUGUAGCUGCAAUUCUUCAUCUUGGAAACAUCGAAUUUGCUAAAGGAGCAGAGAUUGAUUCUUCAAAGAUUAAAGAUGAUAAAUCUAGAUUUCAUCUUGAUACGACUGCAGAGCUCCUCAGGUGUGAUCCAAAGAACUUGGAAGAUGCCCUUAUUAAACGUGUGAUGGUAACACCUGAAGAAAUUAUCACAAGAACACUUGACCCUGAGAAUGCUGUCAGUAGCAGGGAUGCUUUGGCUAAGACUUUAUACUCUCGUCUGUUUGAUUGGAUUGUAGAAAAGAUAAACGUUUCAAUUGGACAGGACCCAGAUUCUAAAUCAAUAAUUGGAGUUCUGGAUAUCUAUGGUUUUGAAAGCUUUAAGUGCAACAGUUUUGAGCAAUUCUGUAUCAAUUUCACCAAUGAAAAAUUACAACAGCAUUUCAAUCAGCAUGUGUUCAAAAUGGAGCAGGAAGAGUAUACUAAAGAGGAGAUAGAAUGGAGUUACAUAGAAUUUGUCGAUAACCAGGAUGUUUUGGAUCUGAUUGAGAAGAAACCGGGAGGAAUAAUUUCCCUUCUAGAUGAAGCUUGCAUGUUCCCAAAAUCGACACAUGAAACUUUUGCUCAAAAGCUGUACCAGACAUUCAAGAACAACAAACGUUUUAUCAAACCAAAACUAUCACGUACAGAUUUCACUAUCUUACACUAUGCUGGAGAGGUUAAUUAUCAAGCCAAUCAGUUUUUGGAUAAAAAUAAGGAUUAUGUGGUAGCUGAACAUCAAGCUGUGAUGACUGCUUCAAAAUGCCCCUUUGUUGUGGGAUUGUUCCCACCACUUAAAGAAGAAUCAUCAAAGUCAUCAAAGUUCUCUUCUAUUGGUGCUCGGUUUAAGCUACAACUCCAAUCUCUGAUGGAGACCUUGAGUGUGACAGAACCUCACUAUAUUAGAUGCGUCAAGCCGAAUAAUGUUCUGAAGCCUGCUAUUUUUGAGAACGUUAAUAUCAUUCAGCAGUUACGAUGUGGGGGAGUUCUUGAGGCAAUUAGGAUUAGCUGCGCUGGAUAUCCUACAAGGCGGUCCUUUUAUGAGUUUCUCAAUCGUUUUGGUCUUCUAGCUCCUGAAGUUUUAGAUGGAAAUUAUGAUGAUACGGUUGCAUGCCAAAUGAUUCUCAACAGAAAAGGACUUAAAGGGUACCAGAUAGGAAAGACAAAGGUAUUCUUGAGAGCAGGUCAGAUGGCGGAGUUGGAUGCCAGGAGAGCAGAAGUGCUUGGAAAUGCAGCUAGAAUCAUUCAGCGGCAGAUCCGCACUCACAUUGCUCGCAAGGAGUUCAUUUCAUUAAGAAAGGCAGCUGUGGAACUGCAAUCUUAUAUGCGAGGUAAUAAAUCCCGUGGAAUUUUUGAGCAGCUGAGGAGGGAGGCAUCUGCUGUGAAGAUUCAGAAAAACUUCCGCCUCUUUGUUGCCAGAAAAUUCUACUUAAGGAAACGAUCAUCUGCAAUUACAUUGCAGACAGGCUUAAGGGCUAUGGCUGCACGCAAUGAAUUCAGGUUCAGAAAGCAAACUAAAGCUGCCAUCACCAUCCAGGCUCAUUGGCGGUGCUACCAAGCUCGUUCCUACUACACGCGUCUUCAGAAGGCUACAAUUGUUACACAGUGUGGGUGGAGAUGCAGAGUUGCUAGAAGAGAGCUCAGAAAUCUGAAAAUGGCUGCAAGAGAGACAGGAGCUCUUAAGGAAGCAAAGGAUAAGUUGGAAAAGCGUGUUGAGGAACUCACUUGGCGCCUGCAAUUGGAAAAACGACUAAGGACCGAUCUGGAGGAGUCUAAAACCCAAGAAGUUGCCAAGCUUCAAAAUGCAUUGAAUGCUAUGCAAUCACAAGUAGAAGAGGCCAAGGCUUUAGUUGUUAAGGAACGGGAGGCAGCACGAAAAGCUAUUCGAGAAGCACCUCCAGCUAUUAAGGAAACUCCUGUUGUAGUUGAAGACACAGAGAAAGUUCGCUCUUUUACUGCUAGAGUUGAAAUGUUGGAGGGUUUACUGAACUCUCAAAGACAAGCAGCAGAAGAGGCCAAACAAGCUUGUGUUGUUGCUGAGUCUCAGAAGGAGCAGCUUAGUAAGAAGCUUGAAGACGCAGAAAAGAAGGUGGAUCAACUUCAAGAUUCAGUUCAGAGUCUUGAAGAGAAGGUAUCCAACUUGGAAUCAGAGAAUCAAGUUCUCCGUCAACAAGCACUUGCUAUAUCACCAACUGCAAAAGCCUUAGCCCUUAGACCAAAGACAACAAUUAUACAGAGAACCCCAGAGAACGGAAGUAUUCCUCACUCAGAAGCAAGGAGAACUCCGCUAAGAGACCCAAUGCUGGCUUUGCCUAGUACAACGGAGUCUGAAAACGAGGACAAACCCCAGAGAUCUCUAAAUGAAAAGCAGCAGGAUAUACAAGAUAUGCUACUCAAAUGUGUAUCUCAAGACCUUGGAUUCUCCGGGGGGAAACCUGUUGCUGCUUCCCUGAUAUACAAAUGCCUUCUUCAGUGGAGGUCAUUUGAGGUUGAAAGGACUAAUAUUUUUGACCGUAUUAUUCAGGCAAUUGGUUCAGCAAUCGAGGCCCAGGAUAACAAUGAUGUAUUGUCGUAUUGGCUAUCCAAUUCCACAACCCUCUUGUUGCUGCUUCAACGGACACUAAAAGCAACCGGUGCUGCUAGCUUAACACCACAACGCCGAAGAUCAACAUCCUCUUCUCUGUUUGGGAGGGUAUCCCAGGGGUUCCGUGGUUCUCCACAAAGUGCUGGCUUCUCAUUCCUAAAUGGCAGGGUGCUCGGUGGUCUGGAAGAGUUGCGUCAAGUUGAAGCUAAGUAUCCUGCUUUGCUUUUCAAGCAGCAGUUGACGGCUUUCCUGGAAAAGAUAUAUGGAAUGAUAAGGGACAAUUUGAAGAAAGAGAUCUCGCCUUUGAUAGGGUUGUGCAUCCAGGCACCGCGUACAUCACGAGCUGGUUUAGCCAAGGGACGAGCCCAGGCGAACGCUAUGGCUCAACAAACACUUAUUGCUCAUUGGCAGAGCAUAGCGAGAUCCUUGAACAGUUGCUUGAAAACAAUGAGAGCCAACUACGUACCUGCAUUCCUUAUCCGAAAGGUGUUCACCCAGAUAUUCUCGUUCAUCAACGUUCAGUUAUUUAACAGCCUUCUUUUGCGUCGAGAAUGCUGCUCAUUCAGUAACGGGGAGUAUGUAAAGACAGGGUUGGCUGAACUGGAGCAGUGGUGCCAUGAUGCAACUGAGGAGUUUGUAGGCCCGGCGUGGGAGGAACUGAAACACAUAAGACAAGCUGUCGGAUUCCUGGUCAUACAUCAGAAGCCAAAGAAAGCGUUGAAAGAAAUUACAACCGAUCUUUGCCCUGUUCUCAGCAUACAACAACUGUACAGAAUCAGUACCAUGUACUGGGAUGACAAAUACGGGACACAUAGUGUUUCAUCAGAGGUCAUCUCGAACAUGAGAGUCAUGAUGACCGCGGACACGAAUAACGCUGUCAGCAGCUCGUUCUUGUUGGAUGACGAUUCAAGUAUACCAUUCACAGUAGACGACAUUUCCAAGUCAAUGGAGCAUGUCGAUGUUGCUGAGAUUGAACCGCCACCUCUAAUUCGUGAGAACUCGGGCUUCUCCUUCUUACAACGCACAGACUGAUCUUUCGUCCUCUGCAGCCCUGUGAAUAUCUUGUUCUAUGGAAGCUCCCCAAUUGUGUAAUUAUUAGCAUUGCGCAUAGUUUGAAACAGUAGGGAAGGCAGUUCUUAUCUAGGGCAAAAAAAACUGGGGAAAAAAAACCACAAAGGAUAAAAGUAUAUGCAGAGGUCGAAGCACUUUCUCACUGGAAUCAUGUUCAAAGCAUGGCGAUGCAGUGCUACUUGAUUCAUUUUUCAUUAGUCUGGAAACGAUGAUGUGUAGUGUAGAAAUUAGCUGCCAAUGGUUCUUUUUAAUCUCUUCAUUGGCUGCUAUGUAACUUCUUGUAAUGUCUGAACUUUUGUCCAAAAGACCAACAAUCCCAUUGUUAGUUAAUGAAGUGGAGUCUUAUUGAUUGUCCAUUCGAGACAUAUUUACGUCCUAAAAUAAAACUAAAAUGAAGUGAAGACCAUGAUAUGGGGGCAGUUCGGGAGUAAACCUUAAUCAUAUAUAAUCUUACAUCUGGAAGGUCUCAAACUGUUUUCCUACAAAUUUUAAUGGGGUAUAUUUCUUUCAUUUAAAAUCUCAAUUGAAAUAUUUUACAAAUAUAAAUCAGAUUAAUUGUGCUCCUCAAAAUGAUAUAUAAUUUGAUAUAUUUUGGAACGAAAAAACUUGAACAUUUAGUACCAGUCCAUACCAUUGUGGUAAUGCUUGGUAUUACAUAUACCACGUGGUAUGGAAGUGUAUCAUCGUGAUAUGAACAUACCACAGUGUAGGAUGAUUAAAUACAUGAUAGUAGGAAUGUACGAACUUUCAUUUACUACAUUUGUCAUUGUUUACCACCAGUUACCACCCUUAUACCAGGGUGGUAUGAGGUGGUAUAUAUGGUCCUGUAUAUUUCUCCAAAAAUUUGCAGAUACAAUAAAUCACGAGGAACUCGUUCUUCCUAUGCAAAAAUUUUCAGAAUUCGAGUUAAAAACGAAUGUGGUACCAAGAUGGUAACGAGUAGUAUGAAAUUUCUUUUGUCGAAAUAUACUGAAAAUGAACAUCAUUUUGUAGAUCACAACGUACUCGUUCCAUCUUUGAAAAAAAAAAAUUGAAAUCCAAGUUAGAACAAAGAAGAUAAAAAUCGAUUAAGAAAACUAGAGACAAUUAAAAAGUCAUCAAUUCUCACCCUUUAGAUGUCGAUUUUUUUUGGGCUGAGCUGAGCCGAGGAAAGAAAAGGGGAAUUGGGUGGGGUCGCCAGGUGAGAAUGAGGCCAAAUGGGGAGGGGGUUGGCGGGAUUUUUUGGGUGAAAAUUUGAGCACAAAAACACUCAUUUAAUACACCCACCUACCAACUCUCUCUCAUGCUCCAUUAUCCCUCAUUUUUUUCUUCUCUCCUUUGCCUUCCAUUGAAAAGAAGGACACUUGAUUUCCAGAUCUGGCCAUCUCAUGCAAAAUCUGGCCUUCGACGAUAAGAAGAAGAACCCAUAGGAGCUAAGAAUGACAAUAGGGCAGAGAGGGGCGGGUAUCAAGAUACCCAUACCUGUUCCGUGAUUGGUAGAGUUCAGGUCUGAAAAUUUAUCACGGGGCGCAGGUCGAGACAGGUUAACCCAAAUUGGUAUGUAAUUUAAACCUAAAACUUUGAAAAUAUUUAUCUUUUCAUGACAAAAAGUAAGAAACAAACUAUAACAUGAUUAAUAUAAUUAAAUUUUUCGC